AUGAAUUCCGACGAAGCCUUGAUCUCCCUGUUGGUGAUGGCGGGCAUCAUCCUGCUGGUGGGCGGCUGCAGACAGCUAUCCCACGGGGCGCUACGCCGGACACCCAACUGGUUCACUUUCGCCCAGGAAUUGACCGCCACCUUCCAGAUCUGCGCCUGUACCCACGAACUCUGCCUGCUGGGCGGCUUGCUGCCCCAUCCGCAGAUCGCCCUGUGGCUCACUUACGUUUUCACCGUCCUGCACGGCUGGACUUUAACGGGCAGCGUGGGCAAUCCGGCCGGCAGCCUCCAACAGUUUUACAAAGGGCAGUUGCGGGUCCAAAGUUGGUGCCUGCAAACGUCGGCUCAGUUUGCGGCGGCCGUCUUGGCUCACCUGUGCAUGAAGUUAGUCUGGAUGUUGGGGUUCACCUCCGGCCAUUUGACAGCCCUGCCCGACAUUUGCAGCAACCCCAUUCAAACCACGAUCACCAACGCUUUCGGCCUGGAGUUACUCUUCUCCUUCCUGUUGCACCUGACUCUGCUCCAAUUUGAGGGCAUGAACCCCACCAUGAAGGUCCAUCUGAUUGCUCUGCUGAUCACCUCUUUUGUCUACACAGGAGGAAACCUCACUGGUGCAAUAUUUAACCCGGCUCUGGCUUUUUCUUUGCACGGGAGCUGCUUCAUAGACCAGUUUUGGAAUUACCUGGUGGUGUAUUGCAUCGCACCUUGCAUAGGAUCUUUGCUCGUAUCUGUUAUAUGGGAUGAAAUUCUCCCUGGGCUGUACAGAGAUAUUUAAGUCUGAGAAGAAAAGAAGUUUAAGCAUCUCAUUUACUAAAACAAACGAUGCAGUUUUUCUCUCCGUUUCCUGGAGACUGACGUUGGAAGUAUUCUAACAUCUUUUAGAGGUCGAUUUUGUGCAUGGGGUUUUAAGGUCU